AUGACGCAAUCAUCAUCCCUUCGUCCAUUCAGCCUACCCGCCCUCCACGAAUACAGAUUCGAACUUGAUCCAGGGGAGUCGAUCACCAUCAGAUUGGUCUCAGGCACGGCUGAAAUAUCCGGGUUCGAGUUAACUAGCGGUCAAGAAUAUACCUUUGGCGACGAGAUCCGGUCUGCCAUCUUUAGCAAGGCCUCGACGGAAUACGUUGCAGAGGAAUCGACGGUACCGGCGUACAUGGCUCUCCACCUCGCACUUGAACGGGCCAGGCUGGGAUCGGUGGCGCCGAAGCAUUUCGUUCCUCACGUCGAACCGCCUCCGAGGCUGCAGCAUUUAUCUGAUGGGCAGGAGCCGGAUGAGGAAAAACACGGCCCACAUGUGAUGGUCAUCGGCUCACUUGCCAGUGGCAAAUCUACGCUUAUCAAAAGCCUUGCUAACUGGGCCGUCAAGAGUGGUCGAACAAAAGUCGAAGGUCCUGGUUUGCUUCUGGUUAACCUGAAUCCAAACGAUGGCGCGUGGACGGUUCCAGGGACAUUCUCAGUCGCGCCACUUAAUGUAUCUAUUCCCACGACCACGCCAGUUCUGCCGUUCGGGUCCACGCCGACAACAGGCCCACCAGUGCUCCUACCCCUUCCAGCCCUCGAUCCUAACCAGCCCUCGACACCGAACCCGGCACUGUUUGCACCCCCUCUCAACGCGCUUUCUUUUUUCUAUGGCCAUACACAAUUCAGCCGGAAUAUUGGCCUAGCUGAAGUCCUGAUCAAGGAGGUCGGAACCGCUUUGGAAACAAGGAUCGAAAAGAGCGGCGAGACUGCUCUUUGGAGAGGUGGGCUCUUGAUAGAUACCCCUGCUGAAUUCAGCGAGAAAGCCAAGGGCGGGCUGGUCAAAUCGGUGGUGCGAGCCUUGGGUGUGAAUAUACUGGUUGUCAUAGGGAACGAGAAACUGCAUCUGGAAAUCAGCAAGCUGAUGUCAACCAAUAAAACAGUUCAGGUAGUCCGAGUACCCAAGAAUGGAGGAGCGACUGAUCUAGACAUUACUUAUCGAAGGCGUCUAGAGUCUAACCAAAUCCGGUCUUAUUUCUAUGGUGGUCCGGCUUUAUCCCAGGGGCAACUUUCCCCAUUCACGAUUGUUGUCAAAUUUGAAGACUUGACGAUCUAUCGAAUUGGUGAUGAGGCCAUCGUUCCCUCAUCAGCCCUGCCGAUUGGUGCGACCCGCUCGGUCAAACCAACUACGCUAACCAAAGUUGACCCAGAGAAUCCUCGGUCGAUGUCGAACAUCUUGAACCUGGUCCUAUCAAUCCCUCAAGCCGACUGGGAUGGGGCAGAUCCGGAGUCGGAUGCUGCAUUUGAAGCUUGUAGUGGACCCUCACUCGGAUUUAUUCAUCUUUCGGCAAUUGAUGUCAAGAAUAAAAAGUAUACCAUCCUGUCACCUCUACCUGGCCGGUUACCACGCAAGACAGCUAUUGGCGGAUCACUUGAAUGGAUGGAUUCAUGA